AUGGCAGAAGAAGCUGAUAAAAAUGCGAGAGUGUACCUCCAAAGGUUUGAGAAAUUUCACGGCCCCUUAGAAGAUGAUCUAGGUGUGUUAAUAAAGAAAUUCGCUGAUAUAGGGGUAAAGAAAUUUUGGUUUACUG